GCUGCUUAGUUGGAGCCGGGAGAGGGUCGCGGCUGGGCUCGGUCUGGGCGUGAGGCCGGCGCGGGCAGAGCGGGCGCCGGGCGCGGACUGCAGAGCGGGCGGCGCGAUGUUCAGCUGGAUGGGGCGGCAGGCGGGCGGGCGCGAUCGCGCGGGCGGCGCCGACGCGGUGCAGACGGUGACGGGCGGCCUGCGCUCGCUCUACCUGCGCAAGGUGCUGCCGCUGGAGGAGGCGUACCGCUUCCACGAGUUCCACUCGCCCGCGCUGGAAGACGCGGACUUCGACAACAAACCGAUGAUCCUGCUAGUGGGCCAGUACAGCACUGGCAAGACCACCUUCAUCAGAUACUUACUGGAGCAAGAUUUCCCGGGCAUGAGGAUUGGUCCCGAGCCCACCACCGAUUCCUUCAUUGCUGUGAUGUACGGAGAGACCGAGGGCAACACCCCAGGCAACGCACUGGUCGUGGACCCCAAAAAGCCCUUCCGAAAGCUUAGUCGUUUUGGAAAUGCUUUCCUGAAUCGAUUCAUGUGCUCCCAGCUGCCCAAUCAGGUUCUGAAAAGCAUCAGCAUCAUUGACAGCCCUGGCAUCCUGUCUGGGGAGAAGCAGCGCAUCAGCCGAGGCUAUGACUUCUGCCAGGUCCUGCAGUGGUUCGCCGAGCGGGUGGACAGGAUCAUCCUGCUCUUCGACGCCCACAAGCUGGACAUCUCGGACGAGUUCUCGGAGGCCAUCAAGGCCUUCCGGGGUCAGGAUGACAAGAUCCGAGUGGUGCUGAACAAGGCCGACCAGGUGGACACACAGCAGCUGAUGCGCGUGUACGGGGCCCUCAUGUGGUCGCUGGGUAAGGUCAUCAACACGCCCGAGGUGCUGCGCGUCUACAUCGGCUCCUUCUGGGCUCAGCCCCUGCAGAACACGGACAACCGCCGCCUCUUCGAGGCCGAGGCCCAGGACCUCUUCAGGGACAUCCAGGGCCUCCCGCAGAAGGCGGCCGUGCGGAAGCUCAACGACCUCAUCAAGCGAGCCAGGCUGGCCAAGGUGCAUGCCUACAUCAUCAGCUACCUGAAGAAGGAGAUGCCGAGUAUGUUUGGGAAGGAGAACAAGAAGCGGGAGCUCAUCAGCAGGCUGCCGGAAAUCUACGUCCAGCUGCAGCGCGAGUACCACAUCUCCGCAGGCGACUUUCCCGAGGUCAAGACCAUGCAGGAGCAGCUGGAGAACUACGACUUCACCAAAUUCCACUCGCUGAAGCCCAAGCUCAUCGAGGCCGUGGACCACAUGCUGACCAACAAGAUCUCCUCCCUCAUGAACCUCAUCAGCCAGGAGGAGACCAACAUGCCCACGCAGCUGGUGCAGGGCGGCGCCUUUGACGGCACGGCCGAGGGCCCCUUCAACCAGGGCUACGGCGAGGGCGCCAAGGAGGGCGCCGACGAGGAGGAGUGGGUGGUGGCCAAGGACAAGCCGGUCUACGACGAGCUCUUCUACACCCUGUCCCCGGUCAACGGCAAGAUCUCGGGGGUCAAUGCCAAGAAGGAAAUGGUCACCUCCAAGCUGCCCAACAGCGUGCUGGGCAAGAUCUGGAAGCUGGCCGACUGCGACGCGGACGGCAUGCUCGACGAGGAGGAGUUCGCGCUGGCCAAGCACCUCAUCAAGAUCAAGCUGGACGGCUACGAGCUGCCCAACAGCCUGCCCCCGCACCUCGUGCCCCCCUCCCACAGGAAGUCCCUGCCCAAGGCCGACUGAGGGGGCGGGAGGCGGCGUGGGUGGGAUUGGGGGGUGGGGAACCUGGGCCCCGAGGCCGCUCUGCCACGGAUUCUGCCCUGAACGACCUCGGGCCAGGCACUGCUGCUUCGUGCCUCGGUUUCCCUGUUCACAGAAUGGGGAGGGCAGACACCGAACACUAGACACGGGGUCCUCUCACCCCGACAGUUCCCUGAGUUUCCAUUCAAGUCUCUCGUGGGGAGGGGGUGAAGAAGAUGGAAGAGCUGAGGAGAAAGAGCAGUUGUCCAAAGAGAAACUGGAGAGACAGAGGGGGCGUCUCAGAGGCUAAGGGGGUGCUGGGGGCCACAGGCAGCCUGUCUGUAGCCCCAUCUGUCCCUCAAAGACACGGGAAGGAGCAGAGACAAUCUUUCUGCCAGCUUCAUGUUUGUUGGGGGGCGGGGGCAGAGGGAGUGGUCUUCUAUUCUCUCCACACUGUCUUCGGCACCUGCAGGUGUGAAAGGAACCCCCGUCCGGUCUGUGCACACCCCCCACCAGCUCUGUCCCCCUCCUGCCCACACCGCCCCCCCCCUCCAGUCCCCAGCACAGCAGCUUCUGAGCAGGUGUUUGGAGCCCUCAUCUGCACUCAUCCAUGCCUGGGAAGAUGCUGCAUUGGAUUGCCGUCAAGAUUCUGCAUUCCACUCUGGUCUGGCGGUCCUGGACGAUGUCUGCGCAGUGGAGUCUGUUUCUAGAACUGAACCCCACCCGGGGAGAGGGGAUGCCCCCACACCCGUGCUCUCCGUGGCUAGCAGCAAUGUCUCUGGUUACAGGUGUGUCCCCUUGCCCAGGGACACAGGAGCAAAUGCUGCCCAGGGCUGUCAGGGAGAAGAAAUAUGUCUACUCACCUAAACACUGGUUUUUGAUCUGUUUUUCUUUUUUUUUUUUCCCCCUUUUAUGGAGUUGGGGAAGGGGCGGGGAGGGCAGGUGAUUUUUAUUUUGCCCACUGUCAUUUCCUUACAGGCCGAGAGCCUUUACUCAGAAACAGAGUGAAAUCUGAGAUCAGAAGCCUUUCUUUCAAAAAACUCUGGUGCCCACCGUGGCCGUGCACCAUGCAGGCACGCAUGGACCCUGGCUCUGGACUGUUCCCUCCCACGGGCCCCCUGCAGGCCUGUGUCAGCGGUGGCUCACCAACACCCAUGUACUUAGGAGGUGCCUUCGUGGGGCACAGGUGCCUUCUCUCUCCUCUCCUCAUUGACGCAAAUGCGACCCGGGCCCCCUCUGAGCCUUACACAAACCCACACUUUUGUCCUGGGGCAGCAACAAGGGGAAAAACUCGGGAACAUUCUUCAACCCGCACCCACUUCACAGUCCUGCGCUUUCUCAAUAAUCAAGCUUUAAAAGAAUAAAUGCAUACUAUGGGAUUUUUUUUAAUCUUCACGAGCACUUUUGAAUUCAUUAGACACAGAAAAAGAUGUGUCUGAUUGCAGCUCUGUAACAAGCAGGUGGCUGUGCCCCGUGGUGCCUGCGUGACAGCGUGAGAGAGAAGAGAUGGUCAGGCAGGGGCGAGACACACCAGGGCCAGCUGAUUUCCCAUUAGAGUUAUCACAGCUUGUAAUUCAUCAGUUACCCGAUAGAAAGAUGAAACACAAACAAAUAUAUAUGUGACAGGUGUGUGUGUCCUCUAACACGUGCUCCUGUGUUCAGAUGAUGACCUGGUCAGUCAGGUUUUGUCCAUUUAGGACCUUGAGGAAUUUUUAGAGGAGCAGCAGGUUGAGGGUUUCUGACUUGCAGGAAUGGCUUAGGCCCUGGGCUCACCCCCAUCCCUGGGGAGUCGCUGGCAGCCAAAAUCCUAACCCCACUGGGCCCCGGGGUAUCUCCUGGGAAGGAAAAGGAAACCUCAUGUCCAUUUUUCUUCAUAUCUCUCUCUCACGACAUGAAGUCAUUUGACAUGAAAAGUUGGAAAGAAAAGAAAGGCCUGGAGAUGGGCUGGGGUGAUAGCAUAGCGGGUAGGGCGUUUGCCUUGCACGCGGCCAACCCGGGUUCAAAUCCCAGCAUCCCAUAUGGUCCCCUGAGCACCGCCAGGAGUAAUUCCUGAGUGCAGAGCCAGGAGUAACCCCUGUGCAUCGCCAGGUGUGACCCAAAAACCAAAAAAAAAAAAAAAGAAAAGAAAAGAAAGGCCUGGAGAACAACUGGGACGGGGGCCACUGGGGACCCAGAGCUUCCUGGGCCCAUCCAGAGUCUGAAUCCGGGGCCAAAGCACCUGUUCCUGCCCCCUCACCCCUGCAGCCUGCGGUGGAAGAUCCUAGCUCUCCUGCAUCCGUUCAGCUUGGCCACAUUGCCUUGCCCACACCACCCCAACAUUCAGUGCACCCUUCCCAGAUGGGCAGAGGCUGAGUGUGCUGGCAGGUCAAGCUGAAGCAGGAAACUCGGCAAUCACAGUUCUGAGGCUUGAGAUGAUUUUCUUCACAGCACAUGGCUUUCUGUAGCGUCAGCUUCUGCAGUUGAACUGGGAGAGGGAGUGAAAAUUUCCUGCUCCUCCAGUCAGCUUCUGUUGGGUGCGCUCCUGAUGAGGACUCCAGGUCCUGCCGGGACUCCCCACUCUGUAGGUGCCAGACCCUCCAGCUCAGCCCAGCGGGGAGCGUGGGUUUGUGGCACUGUACCCCGGGGGCCGGCCCACUCCCAGCGGGCAGAGCUGCACAUUCCACAUUGGUCUCUGCAGCGUUAUCUUCUGGACUUUGGGCUCUGGGCCCUUCCUCAAGAGGAAUUGUGUCCUCAAACUGGCGCUGUGGCCAGGGCAGUGAGGGGCUGCCCGGGGGGAAGGAGGGUGCAGCCACCACCUGGGCCUUUCUCUCUGUAGUGUGCCACCUUCUUUAUCCCCAGAGAAAUGAACAGCCUAGACUAACCGAAUCCAAGAAAAGCAUGAACUGACAUUUUUACUUUCUCUGUGGGAUGGGACAGAAGAACAACAUUCUUAGAGGGGGAAAAAAACAAAACCUGAGUCUGUUCAGCUGAAUGCAAGCCUUGUUUCAGAGUGUACCAAGAUCCCUGUCAGGGAGAAAGCUCAAAGGGCUGGAGCGUGUGCUUGGCAUGUGGAAGCCCCGGGUUCCAUCCCUGGCACUCCAUAGGCCGCUUGGAGCACUGUGCUGGGAAUAGCCCCUGAGCACCACUGAGUGUGGCCCCCAAACAAAAAGGAACUUAAAAAAAAAAAGUAUAUCAAGUUACAUGUCAGCUGGCCACUGCAGUUAAUACACCAUGCUUCUAUUUUUUUUUGUAAUCUUGUCUAGCAGUGUCAAACACGCCAUCUACUGAUCAAUAAACUAUCUGGGGGAAAUA